AUGGCAUCAUCUAAUGAAGCAGCAGCAGCAGCACCACCACCACCACCACCACCACCACCCAUGCACUACCUCAUAACCGGCGCCGCCCGCGGCAUCGGCCGCGGCCUGACCCGCACCCUCCUCUCAAAAGGGCACCGCGUCUUCCUCAUCGACUCCAACGCGCCCGAGCUCCAACACACGCUGUCCCUCGCCCCGUCCUGGUACAGACCAGCUCCUCCUUCUUCCUCGUCUUCUCCUUCCUCCUCGUCUUCUCCCCCUCCCCCUCCCCCUCCCCCUCCCGAUCCCUCCUCCCACGCAGGUGCCGGUGCCGGUGCCGGUGCCGCCGCCGUCCAAGGCGCCGUCGCCGACCUCUCCGACCGCGCCGCGCUGCGUUCCGCCGUCGCGCAGGCCUCGGCCUUCUUCUCCGGCCGCCUCGACGUGCUGGUCAACAACGCGUUCGCGACGCCGCACGUAUGGAGCGAGGGGCGGGCGAUGUAUGACGAUGACGACGACGCCAACGAGGCGAUCGAGCGCGAGUGGGACGUCAAGAUCGCGGUGGGGCUGACGGCGCCGUUCUUGCUGGCGCGGCUGUGCGUGCCGAUGCUGAGGAAGGGGGGGAGGGAGGGUGGUGGAGGCGGCGGUCCUUGUAUUAUCAACGUCUCGUCUACACGCGCGCAUCAGGCUGAGCCGAACCACGAGGCGUACAGCGCGGUCAAGGCGGGGCUGCUGGGCCUGACGCGCAGCAUGGCCGUGUCGCUGGGAAGCGGCGGCGGCGGCCUGUGUCCGAUCCGCGUCAAUGCCGUCACGCCGGGCUGGAUCGACGUCGACGAUGAGAAUGCGGCGGCGGAUGCGAGGAAGGCCGGGUGGGGCGAGGCGCUGGGGGAGGCCGACCAUGCGUGGCAUCCCGCCGGGCGGGUGGGGAGGGUCGAGGACGUGGCGAGGGCGGUGGUGUUCUUGGCCGAGAGCGGGUUCGUGACGGGGGAGGAGAUUGUGCUGGAUGGCGGCGUGGGGAGGAAGAUGGUGUAUCCGGAGGAGUAA